AUGAAGGUUUUUUUGAUUGCCAUGUUCAGUUACAUGUCAUCAUGUGAAGCACAAAUUAACUUUUGUUACUAUCCCGAUUAUGCAUCGAAUGUAGUUCCACCGUCCCAAAUUAAAUCAGAAUAUUGUAGCCAUAUUGGUUAUUCUUUUUUUGAAGUCGGAUCAGAUGGAACAUGCUAUCUUCUAAACCCUGGUUGGGAGAGUGGUAUUAUAAACGAACUUGUAGCUAGUAAGAGUCCUAAUACUAAAGUUUGCCCUGUAAUUGGUGGUAAUGGUCGAUCAUGGACAUUUAGUGCUGUUGCUUCAAAUCCAGCAGCUAGAUCUCAACUUGUUCAAACAUGUAGCGCCUUAAUGAAUCAAUAUGGAUUUGAUAAUUGCUUUAAUGUCGAUUGGGAAUUUCCAGACACCAGCGAUCGUGAUGCGUUUGUUUCUUUGCUACAAGACAUUAAGAACGGUAUUGCGGGAGUUGAACUCUUUGUUGCAGUAUCUGCGGGAAUUUGGCAAUCCGAUAUAUCUUAUAAUAUACCAGCAAUUUCUUCAGUAUGCGAUUACAUAAAUUUAAUGACAUACGAUUAUCAUGGUAGUUGGGAAUCUGUUACAGGUAUGAAUGCUCCCUUAACAGGUCCACCUGGAGAUCAGCUAAAUAUUGUGGCUACAGUUAAUUAUUACUUAUCUAAAGGUGCUCCAGCUAAUAAGUUAGUUGUUGGUAUACCAUUCUAUGGCAGAACAUUUUUCUUAAUAACAUCGAACACUAAUGUCGGUGCACCAAGUUCUGGUGGCGAUACCUUGGAAUAUUCCAAUUUUUGUAUAGAUCCAUCGUGGGUUGUAACACGUGAUAAUACAUAUCAAGUUCCAUAUGCCGUUAAAGGUAAUACAUGGUUAUCGUUUGAUGAUGCAAUAAGUAUUGCCACAAAAACUCAAUACGUGAAUCAAAAUGGCUUGGCUGGUACACUUAUUUGGUCGUUACAACAGGAUGAUACAACUGGAGCGUGUGGUGGGGGUGAAUGGCCACUUUUGACUGCUGUAUAUAACGGAUUGCAUUAG